AUUAUGCUAAUGUUUGAAACCUCUUUGGUAAAUUGUACAAUUAUCCAGUGUAGCUAGUUAGCUACCUAGAUGUAUCUUACAACACUAGUUCUGUCAAGUGAUGAAUAAAGAGUUACAGAUGAGGGCCACAAUUAACCAGAAGUUAAUUGAGAUGGGUGAAAGGGAGCGGCUGAAGGAAUUACUCAGAGCUAAACUUAUUGAGUGUGGAUGGAGAGAUCAGUUAAAAGCACACUGUAAAGAAGUCAUCAAAGAAAAGGGGAUUGAGAAUGUUACUGUAGAAGACUUGGUUGCUGGAGUUACACCUAAAGGAAGAGCCCUAGUCCCUGACAGUGUGAAGAAAGAACUUCUGCAGAGAAUAAGAGCCUUUCUAGCCCAGCAUUCUACAUGAUGAAUGAGAUGUAAUGCAUGACCCUAUGCCAACUGAAAUGCCACCAUAUUAGAUGUGAAUUGUUUUGGUUGUUUUUUUAUCUGAUUGUAUAUUGUCUCUAAGGAAAUGCAAGCAAAUCAAUUGAAUUAUUUUGUUUUUGCAACAAUAAAGUUUGCUUAUGUUUGUACUUAA